AUGACCACCGAAAAUUUUGACGCAAAGUGGGCUGAGCUGCUUAAGACGAUGGCAGAUUUGAAGGAACAGACCAAGGAGUGUAGACAAGAGCUCGAAAAAGCUCAAGCAUUGUCCGAUGAAGCCCUGGCCACGAAACUCACGGCUAUCAAGGCUUCCAAUGACAUCACCAAAGACCAGAUGAAGAUGCUGGAUGGCGAAGAAAAGAAAGUUGAGGCAGCUUAUCAGUCAAUGGCGAAGUUUACAUUCGUGAACGCUUCGGUUGGAACCCACCGAGACAGUGAAAGGAUGGAAUUUGGGGCCAAGAUCACCGAUCUUGGCGCUGAAGUUGAAAUCAAUGACAUGCUUAUCAAGAGCCUGGAAGAUUCUCGUCGAGAAAAGUCAGGCGGAUCCGAGGCAAAAUAG